UUUUGACUUAUACUUUUGUUUUUAGACCAAAAAUGCAACAGCACAACAAAAGUAAAGUUUGUUACUACUACGAUUCAGAUAUAGGAAACUAUUACUAUGGACAGGGCCACCCCAUGAAGCCCCACCGGAUGCGUAUGACGCACAAUCUUCUGUUGAACUAUGGACUCUACAGGAAGAUGGAGGUCUACAGGCCUCAUAAGGCCACUCAGGACGAGAUGACGAAGUUUCACAGUGACGAUUAUAUCAAGUUUCUGCGAUCCAUUCGUCCAGAUAAUAUGGGAGAAUACAGCAAACUUCUUCAGAGAUUCAACGUCGGAGAAGAUUGCCCAGUGUUCGACGGUCUUUACGAGUUCUGUCAGCUGAGCAGCGGCGGUUCAGUAGCGUCGGCGGUUAAACUUAACAAGCAGGCGGCGGAUAUCGCCAUCAACUGGGCGGGAGGUUUGCAUCACGCCAAAAAAUCUGAAGCAUCAGGGUUCUGUUAUGUUAACGACAUCGUUCUCGCUAUCCUUGAGCUGUUGAAGUACCAUCAGAGGGUUCUCUACAUCGAUAUCGAUAUUCACCACGGGGACGGAGUAGAGGAGGCAUUCUAUACCACAGACAGAGUUAUGACAGUGUCCUUCCACAAGUAUGGAGAAUACUUUCCUGGAACCGGAGAUCUCCGAGAUAUUGGAGCAGGACGGGGGAAAUAUUACAGUCUAAACUUCCCUCUCAGGGACGGGAUUGAUGAUAUGAGCUACGAAGGUUUGUUUGUUCCUGUUAUGUCCCGUGUUAUGGAACUGUAUCAGCCUAGUGCUGUUGUUCUACAGUGCGGAGCUGAUUCUCUCUCAGGAGAUAGAUUAGGUUGCUUCAACCUUACUCUCAAGGGUCACGCCAAGUGUGUUGAGUUUAUGAAGAGGUAUAAGCUCCCUCUGAUGCUGUUGGGUGGAGGAGGAUAUACAAUCCGUAAUGUUGCUCGUUGCUGGACCUUCGAAACCUCCGUCGCACUCGACGUCGACAUUCCCAAUGAGCUGCCGUACAACGACUACUUCGAGUACUUUGGCCCUGACUUCAAACUUCACAUCGCUCCGUCAAAUAUGGCAAAUCAGAAUACAACAGAGUACGUGGAUAAAAUCAGGUCGAGGCUUCUGGAAAACCUGCGGAUGCUCCCCCAUGCCCCUGGAGUCCAGAUGGCGGACAUACCGGAGGACAGCGUGGACAUCAACCAGGACGAGCUGGCUGAGUCCUCCAACCCUGACUCCAGGGUGAAUAGUAUCAUGAAGGACCGGAGAGUUGAUGCGGACAAUGAGUUUGAGGAAGGAAAAUCUGGGAACAGAGACCGCGAGUCACAUCGGGAUAGUAAUGGAGCCGAACCUAUGGAGGUUGAGAACGGAAAGACGGAAUAGAUUUAUUCAACCUCAGAAUACAUCCGUGUAAUUCAUACACACUCCUAGUUUAUUUACAUUAUUCAUAUUUCCAGUGUGAUGUACACUUUAGAACGUACAGCAGUUCUUCCUGUGUACUGUGCAGUAGGCAAUAAAGAAUGUGUACUCUACGUACAGUACAUCAUAACUACGUUA